AUCAGACAAUAUCUUUUAAUCAGUUUUUAUCGAAUCAUGAAGUCGAGUACUUGGAUAAUAGUUUCUUGUGUUCUCAUGUUUUGUGUUCUCAAUCACGUGAAAGAGGUGAAAUCUCUGGAGAAGAAGGUGAAUAAGGUGUGCAUAAGGGCACAAGUAUUCGAGCAAAACUGUGGGUGGGAUGGGAACAAGACGUGCAUCGCAGGCUUUAACAAAAUCAAACGAUACCCUUUUUCUUGCGAGUGUACCAUUUACGUUGAAGCCAAUAGCAGACGUUUGUGCAGAUGUAAAUUUCCAACUACCCCUUGCUAAGUUUUUAUCUAAGUUUGUCGAUCAUAUAUAAACCCAAAGGUUCA